AUGAGCUGGUUCCAGAAGCAAUUCACCCUGCCCGCCAAGUCGCGAGGAUCUUACCUGAUCACCGAUCAGGUUGUCUCUUCUCUUCCUGAAAUUCGUGACUACAAAGUUGGCCUUUUGAAUCUUUUCGUUCAGCACACAAGCUGUGCUCUGAGCUUAAACGAGAACUGGGACUCUGAUGUUCGUGAAGACAUGAGUGAUGCUCUGGACAGAAUUGCUCCGGCCGAGGGACCAAAGGGAGAGGUCCUCUACCGACAUGAUGCUGAGGGUCCCGACGACAUGCCUGCUCAUAUCAAAUCUGCACUCAUUGGAGCGAGUGUCACCAUCCCCAUCAAGGAUGGAAAGCUGGCUACGGGAACAUGGCAAGGAAUCUGGUAUCUCGAGUUCCGUGCGGCCCGCCAUCAGCGACGAGUCGUCGCAACUAUCCAGGGGGAAAAGGCUUAA